GUUGUCUUCUUUGAUGCAAUCCAGACUCUUUGCUCAGCAGUCAAAGCGUGAAGCUUGAAGCCAGGAACAGCCUGGCCAGGAAAAGCGAUGCAGGAGGAGCUGGAUUCGGGACGAGGAGUCACAGCGGACUGAUCACUGGAAGGAGCCUCAUCUUCCGUGAGCUGACUGGAAUCUCGUUGGUUUUGAGGAUUUGCAGCAGCCAUGGGCCGAAAGGAGGAGUGUAUUUACUGGCGGAAACAGGCCAUGAACAUCGCGGACAGUUUCCAGUUAAUAGAACUACUGGGAUCAGGAGCCUUUUCAGAUGUGUAUUUGGCAAAAGAGAGGGCAACUGACAAAAUGGUAGCUUUGAAGUGUGUUCGGAAAAACCACAACAAUGCAUUUGACAUGGCAUUUGAAAAUGAAAUUAGAGUUUUGAGAAAGAUAAAACACAAAAACAUCGUAGCCCUAGAGGACAUCUAUGAAAGUCCUACUCAUUUCUACCUAGUCAUGCAACUUGUGUCAGGAGGAGAACUUUUUGACAGGAUUCUAGACCGUGGAGUUUACACAGAGAAAGAUGCCAGCCUUCUGAUUCGACAGAUACUCGAUGCUGUGAAAUAUCUUCAUGACAAUGGAAUUGUACACCGAGACUUAAAGCCUGAAAACCUGCUGUUCUACAGCCCUGAUGAAAACUCCAAGAUUAUGAUCAGUGACUUUGGUCUUUCUAAGAUGCUGGACAUGGGUGUGAUGUCCACAGCAUGUGGUACACCAGGCUAUGUGGCCCCUGAAGUUCUUCAUCAAAAACCAUAUAACAAAGCAGUUGACUGCUGGUCCAUUGGAGUAAUUGCAUACAUUCUGUUAUGUGGUUACCCUCCUUUCUAUGAAGAGACUGAGUCUAAACUGUUUGACCGAAUUUUAAAGGCUGACUAUGAAUUUGACUCUCCAUUCUGGGAUAAUAUUUCUGAGCAAGCAAAAGCUUUUAUCAGGCACUUACUGGAGAAGGACCCAGCAAAGCGCUUCACUUGUGAUCAAGCUCUACAACACCCAUGGAUUGCAACGAAUACCAGUCCAGCACGUGAUAUCUAUCCUUCUGUCAGCGUUCAGAUUAUGAAGAACUUUACAGGAAGUAAUUGGAAGCGUGCAAUCAAUGUGGCAUUAAUAGUGAACCAUAUGAAAAAGUUGCAGAAAUUACAGGCAAGCUGUUGCAAUUGCCCCCAGGGUGACUCCAAACGGUCAUGUUUACAAAUUUCUAAGAAUAUGCCGCAACAUUCAUCUACAAGCCUUUCAACAAAUGGGCCAGCAACAUUGGUAACAAAUAAAGUGGCUGAUCAGAGCACUGCAUCAAACUGUGUUGCAAAGGAACCACCUCACCAAAGGACUAGUGAAAGUUCAUUAGUUUGUGCAGCGUCAGGUGUGAAAAAAAGUGAUGGACCAUCUAAACAGGUCGUGGCUGCUGGCUGUGCAGUAAAUGGCGAGGUGCGCAUUGGGACUACUGAGAAAGGAAAGCAGACAGAGGUUUCUAGUGCCACGACCAAAACUCAAGUUAAUGGUGAUGAUCAAUCAACUUCACCUCCAAAAGUGAUUUCAAAGAAACUGCAUAACAUAAAGACAAGUGUGUGCUUCAUUAUGUAAUGAAUGUCAUUGGAACGCAUUAGGCUGUCUUCAUGCAUCUGUGGAACAAGUGGAUGCUCAGUAAUUUCUGAUUUUCAUGGAGAGAAAACAAUUUCAAACACAUUACCAUAAAAGAGGAUAUUUCGCAGGAGUCUGAAAGAGAUGGGCAAUGUUGUAGGGGUUCAGCUUGUAGCUGUUGCUCCUCAGUUGCUGAAGGGUAGGUUCAGAACAAAUAAGAGAAAGUCAUUGGAAUGGGGCAUUCCAUUACACGGGUGCACAAGAUUGAACUGGACUGGGUUGAGUGUAGCCAAGUUGCGAUUUAAUGUACAAUCUUCCUCCAACACUCAAGUUCUGUUUGAUUUGUUGUGGUAAAUGUAUUUUAUUGAGUAAUGUCACUACAGUAGCAGUAUGACUUUGGAUCUACACUAUGUUAUUUUUUCAACAGCAAUGAAAAUACCAUUAUGCGACAUGUCUAACUUGCAUUUUUUAAAUUAAUUAAUAAAAUAAUACGUUUAUAUGGCAUUCUCAUUAAGUGAAAAGAAUGUACAAUGAAAUUCAGUGGGAGAUGGUUCAAUACGUACCCAAAGCCAUUGGCUUACAGUAGCUUUGAUGUCACAAACUGAAGUAUCAGAGAAAUUUAGGAUUGCUCACUUGAUGGACUGCUCAUAUUCACAACUGUGUUGAGCAUCACACUGUUUCUCCAGAAAGGAAUCACCAUUGUAAUGAAUUGAAAAUAUGAUGAAAUGCUGACACUUCUGUACACUAUUAUUGUACUUAAAUUGUAUUAUAUAAUCAUGUGAUAAUAAUAGUUAUAAAAUUUGUGGAGUGGGAUUUUUGUAUUUGCAGCUACACUACUUAUGUGUCCAGCAGGCACGCGAGAAUAAAUAUAUCAUGGGAUCUCUGCAAGAUGAAUGAAUGCCAACCUUAGAGACAACUGAACAGCAAGCAGAACUUAGUGUUGAGAGUGUAAUGAGAGCUUCCAUAAAAGUAGUAAUUAACAGUGAAAUUCUUUAAAACAGGCCCAUUAGACUUGUAUUUAAGGUUAAAUGGCAUGUUGAAAUAAUUUUGUAACUCUGUGUAAAGGGGGUAAAAUUAAGCCCUGUUUUCAAACUUGUUUACUAUGAAGUGAGAUCACUUUAUAGUUAAACUAGAAAGAGAACUAAUAUUUCUUAUAUGCAGCAUGUGGCCAUUUUUUUGUUGGAACAUUUCUGUGUUCUCUCACUAAUGGAGUGACUGAUUUUAUUUGUUCAUUGUGGUUUGGAAACAGAAAGUGAAAUAGUCUUUAAGAUAACAGGCCUGAUUUGUAAACAAAAGAUUAUUUUGCAACAUUCUGUCUUUUGGGAGCUGUUGUUUCCUAUCCAGAGAUAUUUUUCUCACACUUCAGAGUUUUACAUUUUGUUUCAGGUCUACCUUGAUGUUUGUGAUAGUUUUUUGCUGUGAAAGCAGAUUGGGCACAAGUCGAGUACACGUUGUUGCUUUAAAUAGUAACGCAGGUCCAAACUGUUCUGAUACAUGCUGUGUUUCUAUCGACACCAAGUUCUUUGUGGCAAACAAAAAUAACUAUAUAUGCCACUGCAAAACCCCCACUGAUCCAUUGAGAGUUUCAGCAGAAUACAAAGAUCAUGCCAUAUCUGUAUUUAAUCUCCAUUGAUGUGGAAAUGUACACUCAAAUGGCUGAAGCACAAUUUACAAAUGGUACAAUAUUAAUGAGACAUUCGGGGGUAUCAGUUUGAGGAUUUGUACAAACUUUGCAUUGCCCUUAUGCAUUUCAAAAACUGGGCCCAUAUUCUUUUUGUAGAUCAAGUAAUCCCCUUAGCCACUCAAACUCCAAUCAUUUAUCUGGUUAACGAGUUAGUGGAAUUUAUAGAGACACUCAGAUUAACAUGAAUCAUUUUUGUUAUAGGUUGUUCACUCUUGAGACUUUACUUUAAGUGAGAGGUUGAAUUGCUGUUAAGGCAGCAAAUCUAACUUGCUUAAGAAUUGGCUUCAGUUGGGAACUAGAUACUUGGGAAUAAAGUUUGAGCUUGCUGCUCAGAAAUAAAACAAGCAUUGUGGAUCAGCUGCCCAUUAAAUAAAAUGCACUAUAUUAUUUCCCUUGAUAUCAAUGGAAAUGAAUUUGCUUUGACAAUCAAUGCUUGCAACCACUGAACUUGUGACAGUAGGUACUAUUCUUUCAAGUAUUUUUUGCAGGAUAAAGCCAUUCAGUUUGAAGUAAUGGAUUGAAUCGUCUCUCAAAGGUGCAUCUUGUACUGUAAAUUUAAACAAGUUAAUUAUGUUUUGUCAAUAGAUAUGCUUUGUGUGUUGAAUAAAUAAAUGUAAAGUA